UGGGCGGGGCCUAGACCCCGGAAGUGAGCCACGUGGGUGAGGAGCCAUGCAAGAGGAUCUCUGCCAGCGCCAGUGCUUCCUUUGUGGAGUGCUCGCCCCUUACCGCUGCCCUUCCUGCAGGGAGAGAUAUUGCUCCCUGCCCUGCUACAAGAAGCACAAAGAACAAUGUGCCCCCAAAGGAGACCCAGGUCCGCCCCGAGAUGUUUCUUCCCAAGGCAAUCCCAGAACAAAACCAUCCAGUGCAGAAGGAGGUCCUUUUGCUACAGACGACAUCUUGACCGAAGAUGACGAAGGCGACAAGGUCCCCCUCCAUAAGCUUCAGCGCUUGGGGGGAUCCGUGGAACUCGGGGGCCUCUUGCACAACCCGCACCUUCGCCACUUGCUCCUCCGGGUGGACGGGGCACGGGACAAGAGUGCCCUUCUCCGGGAAUUCAUGCAGGAGCCGCUCUUUGCCGAGUUUGCCGACUGCUGCCUGCGGAUUGUAGAGCCGCCGCCACCGGAGGAAGAGGAAGAAGCCCUAGAGUGAGAUCUGCGACUAAAGGA